UGCGUUGAACCUUGGAGACUUCACAUCGAGUUUGGAGGAUCAAAUCCACGUUGGGUUUUGCUACAACUACAACUGUCAUCCACAAUACAAUACACGCGCUGUGUCUCUGUCUGCUUCGCUAGCUGGCUUUGUGUCUUUGUGUGCGUGCGCGCCGUGUUGAUUUGGCAUAAUUUGUAAAUGAUUUUACAAUUUUUGUUACAAAAAAUCGUCGAGCGCUCGUCAAGCCAAUCGGGUCUAUUAAAUCCGCGCCAGCGUUGCUGCUAACGUCGUCGUCGUGAGCGUUGUGUGCAAGAAAAAUUUAGUUUGUUUAAAAUAAAAAGAAAGUUAACCAUAAUUUGUGAUAUACUUACAUAUUUAAUUUGUAUUUGCCCCUGCACUGUGCAAUUCCCCACGAAAAGUUUAUAAUUGAUCAGAAAUUUUUACAUCUGUAUUAUUUGUGAAAAAAAAAAAAAAAAAAAAAAGGAGCAAAACCAACUAAAUCAUUAAAAAAAAUUCAACUGUGAUUCAAACGAAACUGGCGUUUUUGUUUUAAAUGCUUAACCACUUGCAAUAAAUUGAAAUUACUACAAGAAGCUUUCAAAAUUAACGAUUGGAUUGAAAAACUCUAGUUGCUCCGCGUGUCAGUCACGAAGCAAGCUAAUUAUUAUUUGGACGGAAGCUAGUUAAGUAAACAGUAAUACGAACUGAUUAUAUAUAAUAAAACAUCAAGAAAACAAACACGAGGCGAAAGGAACGCAGUCGAAGUUGCUGACGCCGCAGCAGCAACAGGAAAUAAUCGAAACAUAUUUCGCUGGGCGAAAGUCAACAACAACAAAGACGUAUAGACGAUUCCAUCGUCGAUCCAUCGUUGAUCCAUCGUUGUGGAGUAAUUUAUUGAAACUUACGCGCACACACGUAGACGCAGAGACAGACACAGACACAGACGCAGACGCAGACGCAGACGCACGCACACAAUCAAAAACUCACACACAUAAAACUUCAUAAACUUGAUACAGCCAGAAUGGAACGUGAAUCAAAUCCAAUGCAACCCAUGUGCCGCUCGGGAUGCGGUUUCUAUGGUAAUCCCGCUACAGAUGGCCUGUGUUCAGUUUGCUACAAGGACUCGCUUAGAAAAAAGCAACAGCCACCUGUGAGCAGCACACCUGUGUCAGUUCCAAGCCCACAGCCUAGCCCCACAUUCAGUCCGGUCAUCGCAACAACCCACACUGCACAGCCCACGGUACAGAGCUUACAGCAAUCACACAGUGAUAUCAAAGAGAAAAUCACCGAGGAAGCCGCAGUAGCCUCCAAGUCCAAUAGCGAAGCCAUAAUUGCGGCGUCUGGUCCAAAUACUUCCACACAAGCAGCUGCCUCCGCAUGUGAGCAGGAUGAUAAAGACAAGGAAGACGACAAGGACGCCAAAAAGAAAAAGAACCGAUGUGGUGAAUGCCGCAAGAAGGUUGGCCUAACUGGUUUCCAGUGUCGCUGUGGCGGCUUAUACUGUGCCGUGCAUCGCUAUUCCGAUAAACACAAUUGCACCUUUGACUACAGAGAGCAUGGUGCCCAGGAGAUUCGACGCAAUAAUCCGGUUGUAGUUGGCGAAAAAAUUCAAAAGAUUUGAAUUGCGAGGAGAGAUUGUGCCAGUAACAGUAGCCGUAGAAUAAUAACAACUACACAUUAUGAUAUAGUAUAUAUAUACACACGCUACGCACCAACAAAUCAAUAUAA